CCAUCCUUCCACGGAAUUUGACCAUCGCAAUCAUGUCAGCCAACAAUUCAUCACUGCUGGCCAGGCUUCUCGACACUGGCGAAUUCAGUGAUUUUGUUCUUCUCUGCCAGGGAAAAGAGUUCAGGCUACACAAGGCUAUUGUGUGUCCCCAGUCGUCCGUGAUGAAAGCUGCGCUCGAUGGUGGGUUCCAGGAGGCGCAGACUGGCACGCUCAAGGCCGAUUCUUUCGACAUCAGCACUGUCCAGAGAAUGGUGAAAUUCCUUUACAGUGGCAGUUACGACGUCAAGUUUCCCGAGGCUGCUUCUGCCAACCCCGCGGGUGCCCUGUUUGGAGUCACGAGCAAGCCCAGCUCUUCUCUCAGUACUGGCAGUCUAUUUCCCAAUCCUUCUUCCACCUUCCCAUUUGGCGGUAACAAGCCAGUCAAAUGGUGCGGUUUCAAGGUCGAAAACACCCCAGUCGUCGAUACUUCCGAACUUCCUGCGUACAAACCAGACACCGAGCCCGUGGUUCCAAGCAAAGAGCCACUGUUGAUAACGACUGAGAUGGCAACCCUCCUUUGUCACGUUCGUAUGAACGCUAUCGGAAAUUACUACGACAUUCCACCACUCCUGAAGCUUGCCAACCGCUAUAUCGAGUCGAUCUUUCGACAAAACUGGUCCGCGGAUUCAUUUUCGGACGUUGUCAUUGACGCUCUAAAGCGCACAGGCGACGAGUCUCUCCACACUAUCAUGUCCACCACGGCCAGUGAUCAUAUCUCAGAGCUAGUUCAGUCCAACAAUUUCGCAAGGCUCAAAUCAGACGGCGAUUUCAUGUACAAAGUUUUGAAAAACUGCGGCAAUCGAAUUCGGCAACUCGACGAGAGUGUGCAAAACCUCACAACGAUUUCAACUAUGAGUGAAGCCAACGCAAACAAAGCCCCUACCAUCAUUGCCGCGAUCGACCAAUGCCUGAACAAUUUGAAGCAGACGAGAAAUUGUCGCAAUUGCAACCAUUAUUUCAGUUGUUACAUCCAAAACACUGGCAGUGGUCUCGAUCCGGUGUACACGCUUCGUUGCGCCGACUGUGAGUGUCGACAUGUUUGAGACACCGGCCAUUACUGGCCCAUUGCCUUUCCGUUCGAUUGCGGUCCAGGUAGGAUCUGGACUACGAUUUCUGUUCUGUAUCAUCGCCAUUUGAUAUCUUGUAAUCGCUCCACGCCCCAGUGGUGCAGGAGCAGGUUUCUGAUAUUGAGUUCGAGUCUUUGUCAUUAAUUUCUGAGAAAUCUGUUCCAAGGGGCUGUGUUUGGAAGGAUAGUUGAGGGUGACGUACGGACGGGGCGUUGCACCAUGUAUCUCGUGUUCAAUGCGAAUACCGCGUCAGUUCUAAAUACAUUCUCGCACUCUUAGACC